GCCACUGGCUGGCAACGACAGUGUGUCAAGAUCACUUGAUCCCUCUGCCUCUGCCUUCACCUCGAACGCGUCGAGGGCCGAUUGUUGCUUCCUCCGGCCAGUAGGAGAGGUUCAGCCCUCGAGUUCACAAAGCGGAGAAUUUCGAGCGAAAUCGAGAGAGAGAAAGAGAGAGAGAGACCCCCUCUCCCCUCCCUCAACCGUUCGGUAACACAGAGACGACACAGAAGAGAAGAGGAUCUUAUCCGAGGGAAGAGGAGGCGCCGUUUCUUCGAGAGGCAAUCGAGUGUCGCGAAAUCGAUAGCUAGGCUUUUCGUGCGCACCGACGGAUGUGAUCUUGUUACACACACUUGGUACCGAAACCGAUCGAAACGCGAAUCGAAAGGUCAUGGUGUCUGCCAGCGAUUCGUCCCGUGGCUUCAUCCCUCCCGUGGAGUUCGUGACGUUCGUUUGGGGAUUAAGUGGCCUGUGAGGGUGAGACGAGCGUUCCGCGUUUGGUUAACGCUGGCGAGAAGGAUUUUUGUGGCUAAGCUGUGACUUUCUAAAAUUAGGAGGAUGCAGCCAGGAGCGACGGUGGUCCUGGCCACGGUCUGGCUGGCGGUGUACGCGAACCUGGUGGGGACACUCCGCAUUAACUUCACCGCCGAUCAAUACUCUCCUUUGGCCCCGCAGCACCAGCGGCAUGAAGUUCAUCGAAGAGCCGAGGGCCAACCUUCGGCGUGGGAGGAUCCGAAUUUUGGCUCCCAGGGACGAUCCCACGAGAGCAGGCACUCGCUGCUCGCUCGCCGGUCACGGGACAGCGUCGCCGACGAUAUUUCAUCUCUGGCGGAAGAUAAGCGGCCCGGUGGCGAGUUGACGGACGAUAACAGGGGCGCGAAAAGUGCGCUGUCGCCGCCGGUCGAGUUCGAGGACCCGUUCGUGGCCGACGACACGUUCCAAGAUCAAGGUCCAGGCUCCGUGGAGAUAUACAAAUUGGACGUGUUCCGGGUGAACUCACUGCUGAGGCCGUCGUCGCCGAGCAUAAUCACGAGAUUCCCCCCCGAGUGGACGAGUAAGAGCAAGAGCAAAGCGCCGAAGAAGACCAAUUACGCGAGCUGGAAGUCGAAAACGCCCGACUACGGCAAAGCCAACGGCCUGCUGAACACGCUUCGCAAACAGUCGAACUCGUUCGACGAUCUGAGCACGGAGGUCCCUCCGGCGAACACCGACGGAUCGUUCGGGAUCGGCGGUGUGCCGGAGUUGCAGGUCGGCUGCGAGGGAUUGGAAGCCGCGGUGUCGGAUCACGACCGAGAGAGACGAUCGAUAGACUCCACUGUCACUGGAGACAAGAAUCCAAAGAGGGAGGGGGUGGAUCCCUCGUGGAUCGACGUGACUCCGAUAUCGUUGAACCUGGACUACGAGCUGUCCGGCGAGGAGGGCUACGAGGAGAUGGACGAGCUGCUGAAGCUGAAGAAAUUGGAGAGCACGACGAAACGGAGCAGGCUGAACAGGGGCGACAUGGACGCGACUCUUCAUUCGGUGUUCCACGACGGCGAACACAGGGCCGAGAAAUUGCCGGUUCGCGGUGACUUGGGCAAGUCUAGAGCGAGCAACGAGUCGUCGGUGUCGUCUGCCGAGCGGCAAAGUAAUCGGCAGGUAGAAGAAAAGACGAAGCUGGCUGCUGACGAGGCUUUGCGUUUUAACGAAGGGAAGCGAGACGAUUACGCGGCUAGGUCCGAUGAUGAGACGCCGGCGGGUAAUCAACGUCGCAAGAUAUUAUGGCUCGAGGAGCCUGACGUCGAGCAGCAGCUCAAGGGGAACGGGGAACGUCGCGAACGCGAUACUUGGGGUUUCGGCGAGGACGAAGGCGUGGUAUCUAGCGACGAGUUGCAGACGGAGAAUCAGCGGCGAAGACUGGCCUACGAGAGACGGAACAUGAUCCGUCAGGAGGAAUUAAGAAGAAGCGAGGAGCAACGUAGGAGAGCCGAGGAGGCGUUGAGACGGAAUCAAAUCGAGAAUCGAACGAACAACGACAUCGAGAGAAUUCGUGAGGAAUACGACAGAAGAUUGAGUGAGAGGGAGAGAGUGGAGGAAGAAAGGAGGCGGCAGUUGCAGCAGUCGAACAGGUGGCAGCUGGACGAGGAGCAUAGACGCCGUUUACAGGAGGAAGUAUCGAGAAGAAAUCGAUUGGAGGAGCAACGUCGGACGCAAGAAUUGGAGGCCCUCAGAAGACGCGAGACCGUGAUACAGAGGCCUGCGUCCGAGGAGGAAAGAAAACAGUGGCAACAGGCGAUAAUGACGAGAAGACCCGAGGAGGAGGACCGACUGAGGGAGUGGGAUGCACGACGAAGGUUCCGUGAGGAAGAGGCGCGUCGUAAAUGGGACGAAGAGCUGAGGCGAAGGCAGCAGGAGCAGGACAGAAGAAGUCUGGAAGAGAGAAGAAGAGAGUGGAUGCUGAAGCGCAAACAGGAAGAGGAAGAGGCGAGAAGAAGACACCAGCAGAGUAGAAACGAGCCCUCCAACUUGUUACAACCCUCGCGAAGUAGUCCGAACAGUAAUAAAUCGUACGAUCCAGAAACGGAGCGACGAAUGAGGGAAGAACAGGAGAGAGAACGUCAGCGAAAGUUGAACGAGUACAUUCAACGUAACCGACCGAUCAAGGUAAACAGUUCGAUAGACCGUGAAAGGGAAGAGGCGAACGAGAGGAGGCAGGAGGAGGAACGACGUAGAGCGGAGGAGCAACGACAAAGACUGGAAGCGGAACGCAAGUUGCAGGACUACGUCCGAAGGAAUCAACCGGUGCGCGUUCCGAAAUUGAACGAAUCGUACGACGAGAACUGGCUGGAGUACAGGAGGAGAUUAGACGAGGCGAGGCAACGUAAUCAGUCGCGAUAUACGGGCCCGGGAAGCGGAAGAAGAAAUCACGGGCCGUCAGCCCCGACGAAUAUCGAUCCACGGUAUUACGUGGACGACGCGAGAAGAGAGGCAGCCCGAAGAAUCGAGAAGGAGAAGGAAGAGGAGAGGAUCCGCGAGCGACUGAGACAACAAGAGCAGCAAGAGCAGCUAAGGAGAUACGCUCUGAGGCGAGAGGAAGAGGCUCGAAGGAUGCAAUCGAGGAGAUACGAGGAGGAACGAAAGAGGCAGGAGGCGGCGAGGUUGGAAGCGGAGAGAAGAGCAAAAGAGCUGCAGGAAGAGGAGGCCAGGAGGAACCUGGCUGGGAGGAGGCCGUUGGAAAAUACGAGACCAAGCUAUGAGAAUCGUAGACGAUUCGACGACUACAGAAGGAGACAAGACACGAGUCUUAUUCCAGCCAAUUUAGUUUCGAACGAGUCCAGGCGAGCCGCGGAGAGACAAAGACAGGAGCAAGAGAAAAGGCGCGACGAGGCUGAAAGGCAAAGAGCGAGAGAGGCGAGGGAGAAGGAGGAGCACGACAGGGUCAUGAAAGAGCAUCGGAGACGGCAGGAAGAGGCCAGGCUGAAUGCGUUGCCCGUGAGCGCGAGCAUAAUAGUCCGACCGGCAACGCCAAACCCGUUAUCGAGGAUAAAUAUCAAUAUCCCGCGACUGAACCCGUACGAAGAAGGGAUAAAAGUGUCAAACUUUCCAGUGCCACCCACUCGACAACCACCUGUGAAGAGUCCGCCGCCCUGCGUCUGGGCGGUUGUCCACUGUUGCCCGUCGAAAGUCAAUCGUCUAAUUACGUGUUUCGAAUCCAUGGGAUGUCCCGGCAUCAAUUGGGACCCCAGCCCUUGCAGAGCUAGCAUCACGCAAGCUGCUAAAAACCAGGUGGCGAAAUUUUACGCCGAAACCGAGGACAGGGAUGAGUACGACUAUCUUUAACGAAAGCCCAUAGAACGGGAUGAUAGAAUAUAGAACGUGCCAAGUUUCGCGAGGCGGAUUGAUUGGUCCAGGUACGCUUUGAGUAUCGAUUCUAGGAGGUUGCCUCGACUAGUUUUUCAAGAAGCUGGAAGGGAUUACCGCGAGUGGAUCGAAUAAUAUAUAUAAAUCGCUUUAGUAACAACUUUUCUACGCAGGAUUAAUUGAGCAGAAGUUUUGAAUAUACAGGGUGGACCAUUUAAAUAAUUAACACCUUCUUUCUGAAGACAUGGAUGAAAUUUGGUUGAGAAAAGUUAUUCAAUGCCAAGCCAGCCUUGAUAUGGCAGUAAUGACUCUUUUUUAUAGAUGGAGAGAGGUUUUGGAGAUUUUUUCUUUCUUUUUUAGAUAUAUUUUUUCAUCCACUAGUCUCUUUUAAUAAAAAAAAAAAAUUAACUUAUGUAUGUUGAAAAUGAGAUAAGAUAUAAGGAAUUAAGUAUUUCCUAGAAUGCAUAGAUUAAUACUUUCUUAUAGCAAGUGGCUACAUGUGGAUGUAUUAUUCCAUUUAAAAAGAAAUUUAAGUGACCUUGAAAUCUUCAAAAUUCCUCCACUUCUGUUAUAAAUUUCAUGGUACUGAUUAACUUUUAGCCACAAAAUUUAUCCAUGUCUCUGAAAACAAUGUAGUCUUUUGGGUGAUCCCAUUUACAUAAUCCACCUUGUACAAUUGAUAUUAAUAAUUACUAAGUAAUAGCUAUAUUGAUAAUUAUGAAUAUUUUUGUCUUAAUCGAUUCCUUUCUAAUCUUAGUAUUAGCUCUUCUAUAAUAAGAUUAUAAUAUUUUUUUUAUUUAAAAAAAAAGUAUAUUCUUUCUAGUCUAAAUUUGUGUUUAUACUGAUAAACAGAAAUUCUAGAGGAACAGCGGAUAAAGAAAUUCUCUGCAGAUAAUUUCACGUUAAGUAUUUAGAUGUAUUAGAUGUUUAACGUUAGAAUAUACGAGAGUAUUUCAAAUUAGACUUAAGGAGUAUUACAAUUAAUUGUAACUAUUAUUACAGCAAGCCAAAACUAUCGUUGGUCGUUGCAAAUACUUCUUCUAUGUAUCUUAAAUAAUACAAAAUUUUCUUUCAGUCCUUUAACAUGACAAUAAAAGUAUAUUUUCUAUACUUUUAUUCUCUAUAGAAAUAUUAUAUAUUUUUUAUUCAAAAAUCACAUUACUGCAAAAAUCUCUUGAAUUCGAAUUACUUUUUUCUCGAUGAUCUUAAUGUUUGAAUGUUGUGUCAUCCAACUGCAACAUUUCGGUAGAAAUUAUUGGCAGAUGUUUCAUUGCAAUAAUAUAUAACGAUUAGAUAUUGAGAAUGCUCGUAGAAUGAGAAUUCAAUUAAAGGAGGUUAUUUUAUUUCAGUUUGUACAACUUCUUGGGCUUGUUAAAUAUAGUAAUGUAUGCAACGUAUAUUAGAUGUAUAAUUACGUUAAAAUAUUGACUUUCUUCGAUCCACUCACAGCAGGAAGUAGAGCUCGUGGCACACGAUAAGAAGGGCACCAGUUGUGUUCUUCGCAUAUUCUCGUAUUCUUAGCUCGCGAAACAGACAGUCACAUUAUAGAUAUAUUCGGUAUUUUUCUAUUCGCUUCUUUAGAUCGUCGUAAGCGUUGCAUGAUCGCCAUUUUAAAUAUAACGAAGCGAGCGAUCGCGCCAACACGGUUUCGAAACCGUGCGUCGUGAUACCUCCUUGCAAAAUCGACGCGACAAAUAUUCCGCGACGGGUUGCAAGGCGGUUCAAAUAUUUUUUCCAAAUACCGAUCGGAUCGAAAUAAGUGCAAUAUUGCAUUGGGUCCUUCGAACGAUUCUUCGAACACAUUCAGACAAAUACACACUGUCCUAGCUUCUCUUAAACAAAAAUAAAUUGUACCAGGAAAAGUGAGAGAAGAACUUUAUAGAAUGUUGAACGUAACAGUGUUCGAUCAAAAGGGAAUUGCAAAUAAAGUAUUGCGUUGAUUUGAUUUCGAUUGAUUUGACUCAAGCUUUUAAAAUUACGUUUGAUCAACCUCGUUAAGGACCGAGGAAUAACUUUAAUUAAUUUUUUUAGAAUUCUAAUCUCUCGAAAGUUGUCAAAAUUAGAAAAUUCUUGGAAUUCUCUUUCCUUCAACUGUAAUGUCAAAGAUGCUAAGCUGCGAAUGACAUGUUGUUCAAGUACUUUGGCGUAUUUAAUAAAUUGACGAAAAUAUCUCGUUGGCCUUUAACGAGUUGAUGAAAAUAUUUCGUUGGACAAAUGAGCAAUACACAGGGACCAUUAGAUUGCAAUGGAACGAAACGAGAAUCGAGAUGAUUUGCAGAUCCGAUGAAAUUCCGCCGAAGAGGCCGAUAUUCAGCGGAGAGUAACCCGAUCGUUUAGUAUUGGACGGUGACGAAUUUCGUAUUGCGCCGUGACGGUUAGCAUGUAAAAGUAUAGCUGUAGAGGAAGAGUGAAAGAUAGAGAGUGCAUGUGCCCGGAUGUGUGAGAGAGAAAAGAAAAACGCGACAUCUGUUCGCGUCGUGGACGCACGUGCAAUUAAGCACGUUGGCUUCGCGUUUAACGAACGUGGAAUUAUUAACUUUUUCUCUCUCUCUUGCACGUAAUCGUUAAGCUAUAUUACUGCAGCUUUCUCACAUGUGAUAUAAUAGAUAGGCUCUUAAUUCGCUCUUAGCGCAGGGACGUAUUUAUGUCUGUAACGUAAUCGAUUAUUACGGCGAACAGAGUCGAAAGUUCUUUCGCGAUGUGAAUGUCGACGAUUAUACGCGAAGAGCGAAGAAAAAAUAAGAAGAGCGUAACUUUAGAAAUGACAGAAUUUGUUAAAAAUUAUUUUUGAUCAAUGUUUAUGUAAGUUUAAAUUCUCGCGAGUGUAGUGGAAAUUCGUAUCGGAGAAAUUGAAGUUUCAAAGAAUUUUCAAAGAAAAAAAAAUCUAAAUUUCUUGAAAAAUUCAAAUUUCUCAAAUUUGAAAUCCGAAGAAUAGGACUUCUUACUGUAAAUUGUAAAUUUUUCAUAUACACUGCUAGUUCUAGCUAAGCUAGUUGGAGCUAAGUAAAAAUUGAACCUAAGUAAAGAGAUUCUUUUUUCAGUCAUUGAUUAUUAUAGCAAUUACUUUAAUACUUGGAUACUUUACGUAUUUCCGCACGUUCAAACAGUUUUCAAUGAGUUUCCUUAUUCUUUCUUUUGCACUUCGCGGUAUGUACGCCCAAAGAAGAAAGUACACAAUAGAGAACACUUUGUGAAUGUAUUACAUGACGAUAGUGACGUAUUUUAGUCGAUUACAACAUUAGUAUUUUUUUCCGCGAACAUUAGUAUAUUUCUCGUUCUGAUUCGAUACUUUAGAGCAACAGCAACGAUGAGAUUGAUAUUUUUCUACUUGACACGUUGCAGAAAAAAGAAAAGAAGAAAUAUGUAAGAACGCAUGCUCGGAGUGGUGAGAAGGUGUUGAGAGAUUCUUAGCUCGCUGUAAUAUAUUUAACGUUUAACUCUGUAAUAUAUUAUACGUAAUGAUUCUUUAUAAAUGCGAAUGUCUAACUCAA